AUGGACGAUCUCGACAGACUGUUGGACUUUGACGGCGCUGUUGAGGACUUCCUCAAUGACGUUCCCGUUCGCGACAGCAACGCCAACAGCAACCAGAACACCGCAGCACAGGAGCAGGCACGCGAUGAGGACCAGGAGGUGCAGGUGAAGAAGAAGAGAGCACCUGUCCCAAAACUAGACGAGAACCGAUUGCUGUCCGACGCAGGAAUUCCCAGGCUACGCAAAAUCGCCAAAUCGCGUCUCAAGUUCAGAGGCAAAGGUCACGAAUUCACAGAUAUCUCGCGGCUGCUGAAUACAUAUCAGCUUUGGCUGGACGAUCUAUACCCACGCGCCAAGUUCCGCGAUGCCCUCGGCAUGGUGGAAAAGGUUGGACACUCGAAGCGGAUGCAGAUUACAAGGAGGGCAUGGCUGGACGAUACCAAACCAAAUAGACAGAACCUCAGCCCGGAACCGCAGACUGGGGGUGCAGAGGAUACUACCAGGCCGACGGCAGAUCGGGAAAACUCCAUAUUUGGGGACCUCGAAAGAGACAGUGCGCCCACCAGCCGCGAUGCCCCAGAUGAUGAUGAGCUUGAUGCGUUAAUGGCAGACGCYGGCGCUCCUAGACCAAAACUUGCACAAUCUAAUGGACCAUUCAAUGACGACGAGCCCGAUGAUGAUGAGCUCGACGCACUUCUAGCAGAGACUGCACCUGCUCCACCUGCUGCUGCUGCUGCUCGGCCAAUAACACAACGAGGGCCAUUCCAGCAAGACUCAGAUGAUGAAGACGAGUUGGAUGCUCUCAUGGAGGAGCAGGCUGGACUAGGAACAAAGGCCCCGCAAGUGGAGAGCAGCAAUGAUUUCGCGGAUGAAGAGGAAAUUAUGGCAGGCAUGGGCUGGUGA